UUUGAGUUCCUUAUUUGAAGCGCGAGGGCAGACGUUAACAUUAUCUUAGCUGCGCAACACACACCCAUUUUUGCCAUGAGGGGAGGGCUCACUUAAACUCUGCCCUCGAUUUGCGAUUCACUUCUCAUGCAAGGUACUUUCGUCAGCUGGGUGUUUUUACUUGCCGACUUAAUCUAAAUUUUAAUUAAUUUACAACAUGAAAACGUUGACCAAAGUGCUGCUCACGAGUGUCACCGUGGCUCUGCUCGCUGCCAAGUGGAACGCGCCCACCUUCAAUGCGGAAUCUCUCCGAGGUGCCAAGGUCCUAGUGACCGGGGCUAGCACUGGUAUUGGUGAAGAAAUGGCCUAUCACUAUGCCAAAUUUGGCGCCCAGAUCGUCAUUACAGCGAGGAGGGAGAAAGUAUUACAGCAGGUGGUGGAAAAGUGCCUUAGCAUGGGAGCUCAGAAGGCUUUUUACAUAGCAGCAGACAUGGCCAGUGACUCUGACCCGGAGAAGGUGGUAGAUUUCGCUCUCGACCAGCUCGGAGGUUUGGACUACCUCGUUCUCAACCACAUUGGACCAACCCCCUUCAGCAUGUGGGAGGGGGAUAUGGAACAUGUCAGGUGGCUCAUGAAGGUCAACUUCUUCAGUUACGCUCAGAUGACCUGGAAAGCCCUCCCCUCCCUUGAGCGAAGUAAAGGCUCAGUCGUAGUUGUUUCGUCUCUUUUAGGUAAAUUGACCAGUCCCUUUGUAGCUCCUUACACAUCAACCAAAUUUGCCUUGAAUGGUUUCUUUGGGGCUCUUACUCAUGAGCUGGCCAUGAAGAGCAGCAACGUAUCCAUCACGACGUGUACACUGGGCCUCAUUGACACAGAAUCAGCCAUGGAGAAAGUCAAGGACAUCAGUCACGUACGAGCAUACCCAGCCACAGAAGCAGCGUUGAACAUCAUCAAGACAGGAGCCACCAGACAGCGCGAGCUCUUCUAUCCUUGGUACACUUACAUCGUGACUCUUGUAAGAGACUUCUUCCCCGGUGCCAGGGACUAUUUCAUACAAAAGUCCUACAGCUACACGCCAUAAAAUAAAAAUGUCACACGAUAGGGCUACGACUGCCCUCACUUCCAGUAGUGGCUGAGGAUUGUUGUCACAUUUAAGAUGAAUUCUUAUGUGUUACGGUUUUGUCUUUGCUAUGGUGGAUUCAACAAGACCAAUUCAUUGAUCUUUUGAAAUGUUUGCCUUGUUACUGCAUUCCUAACACGCAAACAGAUCAUGCUUCGAAAUAUUGUGUGCACAAAGUGAGCUCUUGUUCCACAUCAAGCUUUGCGCACAGAGCCAGUGACAAAAUUGCAGUUUGUUCUUCCAAACCUCAAACCAAGACAAAUAAUCUUAAUCAAAAAGCAUUGGGGAAACUUUUUUUAAAGCAUCUCAGUUUGUGCUGAAGUGGCAGGUUCAGACAUGUUGCCGGAAAGGCAAACUGGAAAAAUACUUCAUAGGUUGUAAAGGGGAAGAACCUGCUUCUUGAUACUGACUACAGAAAUGGUGAAAGAGUCAAAUAAAAACAUGCCAACAGAAUUACAGUCGCUUCUCAUCUCUUAUUCGUUACAAUUUCUCCCGAAGCGAGCAUAGCAGGCUUAAGCACUGAUUAACGGGGUUCCUCAAUUGAAAGUUAAAAGAGGUUCAGAUUUAUACAGUAUCACGAAGAUCUUGAAUUACAGUUGUGUCCUAAAUGCUCAGUCACGACCCCGUGAUGGUCAAAUACAUAAAACCCCCAAGUACAACAC